CUCCAAAUUAAAAACAUUUUUUCUUACAUCUUCUUCACCCAUUAUCUUCGCUCCAAAGUCUCUUCUUCUUCGCUCAUCCAUUCAAUCCAUUUUUCAAUAGUGAAGUUGAGAAAAAAAAUGGUCUACUAAGAAAUCUAGCAAUUCAGGUCUUCGGGCAUUUUGUUUUCGUCAUUUCUAGCGAUGAUCAUGGAUUCCUUGAACACAGCAGAGACCUCUGUUUCAGCGUUGCAGCAUCUUUGGAAAGCACUUUCGCUGAUUCCUAUUUCGAAUUAUGUCUUUGGGUGCAUUCUGUUGUUUCUUAUUUUCCUCUAUAACUUCUUAGAGUUUCAUCUGAUUACUGAUAUUAUGAAAGGAUUGAGAGGAGAUCCUGUGUCUUUGACGUUCAAUCCAAGCUCGGAAAUCUACGAGGGUGUAGCUUCCAAGUGCAAGAUUCUUCAUGGGAGGUAUUUGGCUACUCCAUGGCUUUCAAGUCCUCAUUUUCAGACUGUCUUUCUAAACUUCCAUGGCAGGCCUCCAGUUUUCACCUACCGAAGGCAGAUUUUCCAUACAUCUGAUGGUGGAACUAUUGCUUUGGACUGGCUGCUGCAUUCUGAUGUUUCAACCGGAGCUUUCCAUAUGAAUAAUACCAUCUCUAAAGAUGAUGCAACCCCUAUUGUGGUAGUGAUUCCUGGCUUAACAAGCGAUUCUUCAUCACCUUAUCUAAAGCAUCUUGUUUUCAAGAUGGCAAAACGCGGAUGGAAUGUUGUUGUUGGCAACCAUCGUGGACUUGGUGGCAUUUCAGUUACUUCUGAUUGCUUCUACAAUGCGGGGUGGACAGAGGAUGUACGCAAAGUUAUUGACUAUCUUCAUCGAGAAUAUCCACAAGCUCCUCUAUUUGCUGUUGGAACGAGUAUUGGUGCCAAUAUUUUGGUAAAAUAUCUUGGAGAAGAUGGGGAUAAUAUUCCCAUUGCAGGGGCCGUGGCCAUUUGUUCUCCUUGGGAUCUCUUGGUUUGUGACAGGUUCAUUUGUCGCAGGCUUGUGCAAAGAUUCUAUGACAGAGCUCUUACCAUUGGACUUCAAGGUUAUGCCCAAUUACAUCAGCCUGUUUAUUCUCGGCUUGGCAAUUGGGAAGGCAUAGAAAAGGCACGCUCUAUUCGGGACUUUGACUACCACGCUACAUGUCUUGUCGCCAAAUAUGAGACGGUGGAUACAUACUAUAGGCGAUGUAGCAGUACUAGUUAUGUGGGAAAUGUCUCAGUACCACUCCUCUGCAUCAGUGCAUUAGAUGAUCCACUUUGUACAAGGGAAGCUAUUCCAUGGGAUGAAUGCAGGGCAAACAAAAAUAUUGUUCUGGCUACCACACAGCAUGGAGGACACCUAGCUUUUUUCGAGGGACUAACUGGAGAUAGCCUUUGGUGGGUAAGGGCUGUUGACGAAUUCCUCAGUGUCCUUCAUGCUAGCCCUUUUAUGCAUAGACAAAACAAGACACACAGUACUUCCCUGCAUUCUGCUUUGGAAUCUUCAAUUGAUCAGGGUCCAUACCUGAAUGUUAUGGAAGAUGGUAUGGUGGCUGCAAUGGGUAAUGAGCAAACAACUAAAAUGGCAGGAUACUUGUCUGAUGAGCAGCAGAUGAUUCAUGGAAAGAAGAAUGAGGACAUAGUUCCUGCUAUAGAGGAGAGUAAACACGACGAAACAGGAGCCAAGACAGAUACCGAACAGGGCACAACUCAACCCUCUAGACAAGAUACAGAGAGCAACCUGGAUGUCAAGUGUCCUCGUGAUAUAACUGCUCCUAUCAGGAGAUGCAUGGAUCAACUUUCUCGACAGAAUAGGAGAUCCAUGUGGCUGCUUGCAUACAUUGCAAUCGUAUCCACUUGGCCAUUGGUGGGUUCUGCUCUCCUCGUUGUCUUCAAGAAGAAGCUAAAAAAUGUCUUACCAGCAACAUGGCUUAAAAGAUAGAAACAGUUGCUGGUAAAUCUUUAGUGGACUAUAAACAUUAAGUAGUUUUGUGUUCCUGUAGUUUAUAAUGAGACUUCUCAAAAUCAUAUAACAAUGAAUAAUAUUGAUAUCAUGGGUUUGUGAUAUCCUUUAAUAUAACAAUCUUUAAUUAC